UGUGUAUGGUGAAAGGUUGGCGCGGAGCUGGUGGAAGUAUGCAACAAGGUUUUUUUUAAUCUCUGUCUAUAAGAAAAUUGGAAAUUAACUGCAAAUGUCAUUAUACGUGCGCACUGGCAUGGGUGUCAGAUCCUGAAGACCGCUCUGUAGCGUUUUGCUAACAAAUCUUACAGAUUUGUAUCCGCCUGUUGUCGUUAGCUCACCACCAGACACACAGCUGACUAAAAUGGAUUUAAUAGAUGAAAUUUAUGGAGAUCUUGAUGACAAGCCUUUCGGUACUCUGCAUCACAAUGAGGACUCAGUGGAUAUUUACUCUGGCCUGGAAAACAGCCCUAAGAUUGAUGGGCACAGAGGUAAAGUCAACACUCUCCUUUCACCAAGCACAAUGGAAUCAAUGGAUAUAUAUGAGGACAUUAUCAGGGAAGAACAAGAAGAAAAGGAGGCAACUUAUAAUGAGUUAAAACAAAAGUUUGAUGAAGCACAGAAGCAAGUUAAGGAACUGAUCUCAAAGUUACAUCUACUGCAGACAAAGAAUUCAAGUUUGAACAGUGAAAACGUACUCUUGAAGAGGAACAUUUGUUCACUCAUCAAGACUGCUAGAAUGGAGAUUGUGCGGAAGGAUGAGGAAAUUAGCAGACUCAGCAAUAGGUCUGGUCGAGGAAGUUAUGGUCAAAAUUUUCGCCGACCGCAAAUGGAAAGUGGUCCGGCAAACACAAGGCACAGUUUAAACAAUUCUACAAGUUCUGUUUUGGAAUCACAAGCUGCUAGACAAGAUAAUAUUAUGCGUGACGUAAAUCAGCACAAAGGUAGAAACUCUGUGUCGGAUCCCUGUGCAUAUCCACCAACAACGUCAACUACAGCACCACAACCAUUUGAGGUGCUCCAGAGAUGCCCUAGAACUGAUCUCGAUAGUCCUCAGCAGUGUCAGACUAAAUCCGCUGCUAAAUGUAAGACUAAGACCUUCACUGUUCAACCACAACAGCACUCUGAACCUGUUCAUCCUAGCAGAACAUCUACAGUGGCAGAUAUCUCAAAUUGUCCUAAAAUAAGUGACUCUGCAUUGGGAGUUUCUGAUACAACUUCUGAUUCUCAAUUCAAUACCUUGAAAGACAAUAAUAACAGUUCAUAUAAACAAGCAGACAAGCUUGAAAAAACACAAAAACGCACAACCCGGGACAAAGAGUGUAACUUGCAGGAUAAGAAUGUGUCACAAAAGGCUCAGAUAAGAGUGGAUAGCAAAUCAGGUAGAACUGAAAAAGAGCUUGUAAAAGACAAUUCUGUGUCCAGAGAAAACAGGAAUCAGCAGCCUGAAGUUCUUAAAAGUUCAGAGCAAUCGAAAAGCCCUUCCUUGAUGUCACACAAAGCCUUACCAUCUGUCUCUUCCCAGUCUUCCAAAAAUUCAGUUAAGACGGCAGCAAGUGUAGAAACACAGAGUCAAGGACCCAUGCAUCAUCAAAAUCCAGACAGAACUAGCAGAGAAGCGAAACACUCUGGCUUGAGCAGCACAACUUGUACUGUGGUGGACGAAGCAAGCCAUUCCCAAAACCACAAAGGGAAGAAAAGAGAUGCAAGUGGUCAUGAAAGGAAAGAGGAGAAAAAUUGCAGUGCAGAAAGGAGGAGCAGCAGAACUGAAAGAACCAGAGACUAUGAGCUAAAGAGGCCAAAGGAGAGUGACAGGAGUAAAAGAGAUGAGGGUAACAACAGCAGCAGCAGCAGUAGUAGUAGUAAUAACAGUAGUAUUAAAGAAAGAAGAAGCAACAGGUCAGAUAGUAGCAAAGAAUAUGAGCGAAGGAAUAUACGAGAAACUGAUAAUAAAUCUGAAGAUAAAAGAUCUAAGAAACAAGUUGAUGAUUGUGGGCGAGAUUUUGCUUCAUCCAAAUGGGAAUCUCAAAGAAAAGACGCUUAUAAAGAGAAAUCAUCAAGCAGAAACCAUGAAUCAUUGUUAAAAGACAAAAGGUCUCACAGCCAUGAUAAAGCUAGAAAGAUGGAAGGUCUGAAAUACUCUGAUAAGAGUUGUUUUGGAGACAAGGGUAAAGACAAGGACAGAGAAAGAAAAAGAGGUGAACAUUUGGAUCAUAGGGUACAUAAGCACAGAGAAUCAAAAAAUGCUCUUACCAAAGAUGACAGAAGGAAAUCUCCUAAAAAGCACAAUGUUGUUGGAAAAGGUCAGGAUAGUAAGAAUAAGCAAGACAAAAACCUUGAAUCUGAGUCUUCAUCAGUGGUAGUUGUUAGCAGUAGUCCCUGCAAAACAACUGAGGAUAAUAGUCCAGACAGAAAACUGAGUUUCAUGGAAACACUGAAUCUUACCUUAUCGCCUCUUAAAAAGCAAAAGCAGUCUUCUGAUCUAAAAGAAGCCAGUGGAGCACCAUCUGAAGAUGCCUCACCUCAUAACAGCAGAUUAUCUGAUGCUGGGGAGGAAUUCUUUGUCAUUGAUGAAUUAAAGAACAGUGUUGAGGAAGUGGAUGAGGACCCUGUACCCACAACUGCAGGUAAAAAAGAAGACCUGACCAGUUCUUACAAAGAGUCUGGACAAGUUGUUGAUCUUCCUGCAGCCGUUGUCUCUGACAAGCCCUCAGGUGAACAAACGGAUAUGGAUGUACAAGAGAAUGCCACAGAAAGUCAAGAGGAUGUUAACAAAGUGCCAGCCAUUGUUAAAUGCUCAGAGGAGAAAAAGAACAAGAUUUUAGAUUCCAGUAUAUUAGACACAGAUUCAUUAUCAGAAUUAACCCUUACAAGAGAAUCUCCAAAUCGCGUCUGUCAUAACAUCACCCAAGACUUUACAGGAAUCAUAGAUAAUUCUGUUAUCUCUAAUACUUUGCUUACUGAAAAAUCAGAAGUGGUAGUUUCACAUAAUAUUCCUGAUUCAAUCGUUGAAGGUCAUCAGCAACAAGAUCCUAUUAUUGCUGUAUCUGAGGACACUUCUCUGAUGAAAAUCCAAUGGAGUCCUCAGACCAAGUCUCAAGAUUUGCCACCAGUAUCAAAUGGGAUAUGUCAAGAUGAUGUGUCGUCCUCAGACAAGGCACAAAGUAUUCCUGAGAUUAAUUCUUCCAAGAUUUCUGAUAGUUCUGUCAACAUGGAAGUGUCCUCAAGCACAGUUAGUGCAGAUUUUGAUGAGCCAAGAAAAGUUAUUUGUGAUUUUGAACAAGUGGAUACUUCAAAACUGGACUGUAAGGUAGCAGGGGAAGCAACUGAUAAUUCAAAAAUGACUGAAACAUCACACUCAUCUGAAAAUGUGAAAAUGUUAGAAAAAUCCCACCAGAGUCCAUCAUCGCGUGAGAACAAUGUGGCUUCAAAUGAUAGCACCAUUGUCAGAGAGGAGACAAUGUCAUCUUCACAGCCUGGUUUCUCAGAGCCAGAUUCCACAGAGAAAGAGGAACAGACAUCACCGUCAUCAAAUCCUGUUGUGUUUUGCCCUGAUGAGGACUCCCUAAUGCUUACUCUUAGGAACAUCAGAGUUAUCCCGGAGCCUCUCAGCCCUCUUACAAGCCCAGUCCGUCAGGUGAAGAAAGUACAGCCUCAGCAUGCUGAUAAACAACCACAUGUCAAAAGUCUUAACAAAGAUCUCUCAACUGUAACCACUGGAUGCAAUAAGGAUAAAGUAAGUAUGGACAUGAACAAGGAAAAUAAGUCCCCUGACUCCUCUGUCACAGCUUCCUCCUACAAAGGGACAAAAGAAACCCUCUUGUCUAGUGGAACUGAGGACGACGAACUAGAGGAUGGUGAGAUAGUAAGUGAGAGUGAGGAAGAGGGACCCCUGUUUAUCCAGACUCCUCCAAGAGAAAAGGACAAAUCAACCUCAGGGACUGAUUCAAGUCCAAAGCUAUCAGCAGUUGGGAAAAGAGUGUCCCAAAAGAAAUCUUGCAUCCCUGCUAAAUUUUCAGAGCGAAGCAAAGGUUCAAAGUCAUCUUCUAAUGACAGUCCUACCUCAAGUAAAAGACGCUUUAAAACUGUCAGUCCACCGUUAAAAUCAGCAGUCUAUACCAUAGACACAUUUAUGGACAUGUUAGGAUCAAUUCGAGCUGAGUUGAGGAAAAAGUACAUGAAGCUUCAGAAAAAUGUCACUAAAACUGCCUUCUGCUGUAUAGUGGAUAUGUCUCAGGCUUCUUUUAUAGAAUUCAUUAAUGCUGUUGACUUGGAUAAAUUGUGCUGCCAUGGUAAUGACAUCAAAGUUAGACUUAAUAAAAUUAUUUCAUCUAUCAUGAGCAAGGUCACCAAGAAUGGCAUCGUUAAUCGUAUCUUUGAGCAGAGAGCUGGAGACCUCAAGCAAAAGCUGUGGACAUUUGUGGAUGGGCAGUUUGACUUCUUGUUCAAGGAAGUGAAGACAGCACUCAAAAGUGGAUCUGAGCCAUCUAAGAAUGCGUCAUUGGAUAAUAAAAAUGUAACUCUUAAAAGAAAAGAGAUUGAAAGUGAGGUCGUGGAAAAAGACAUUUUUAACACAUCUGGGCAUCUUCACCGAACCAAGAUGUUUAAAGAUGACACAGGAAGUUUUGUCAGAGAGACCCCUCCAAAUAUUCUCCCUCGAAGGGGCCUUGGGAGCAGGGGUAAAAACAUAAAAGCUGUCAUGAAUGAAGAUGAUCAGUCCGCAAAGGUGGGAAGUGCAACUUUACAUCAGCUUCCUCCUCCAUCCUCUGAAAGGUCUGUCCAUGAAGGUACCUCUGGAUCUGAAACUAGAAUCUCUUCCUAUGUCCGACGUCUCUCCCAUAAUGGAUCGAUUCAGGAUAAGUCAGACUUUGACAUUCUUACUGAGCAGCAAACAACAAGCUUGACCUUCAACCUGGUCUCUGACUCUCAAAUGGGAGAGAUAUUCAAGUGUCUUUUGCAAGGGUCAGAUUUGCUUGAAUCCAGUGUUCCCAUAGGUGACAAUACAAGUUGGCCACUCAACACACCCCGAAAGGAAGGACUUGCAGCGGAGAGUUUGAUUGGGAUUAUGACCCCUAAUAAGACAACCCCAUCUAAGUUCCUCACAUCCUGGCCUUCCAUUUCCCCCUAUAAGUUUGCGUCAAGUAGCAAAAUGCUGGUAGACCCAGCAAUUCUUGAUGAGAGCUGCUUGUUAGAAGUUCCCUCUAAUUCUGAACCAUGCCAGCUUCCUCUUCACUCAACUGUAAUCACGCAAAAAUCCUACUCUAUCUUGGCGGAAGAUCUAGCUGUGUCCCUUACCAUUCCUUCACCUCUUAAGUCAGAUAGUCACUUGAGUUUCUUGCACCCUGGAACUGGACAACCGCUCUCUGCCCCAAACAGUGUCUUGAGUGCCCAUUAUAGUGAAGAUGCUCUUCUUGACGGAGAAGAUGCCACUGAGCAGGACAUACACCUUUCUCUGGACACCGACAACUCCAGUUGUGGGUCAAGUCCCAGUAGGACAUGGGAGGGCUCAGAACCGCCCUGUUUCCAAUUCAAACCCAAUUUACAAAUGCAGGCUGUUGUAAUGGAGAGAUCAAACGAUCAUUUCAUUGUGCGAAUAAGACGAACAUCAUCUGGCCCGAUUGAAAGCAAUCCAAAUGAAGGCAGAGCAGCACCAGAAUUAGCUGAAUGCCCAGAGCUGACUCUUAAGCCUAAUCUUGCUCCGGCCCAUCAAGACUUGGGUUCUGGACUCGAAGAGACGUCAAACAAAAUCCAAACUAAGGUAAAUGAGGCAUGUCACAUUUCAGAUAAAGCAAUUGAAGCUCAACCAUCAAGCCAAAAAGUGUCACCUGAAUGUGUUUGUGAUGACAACUUGAUCCUAAACAAUGCUGAGCCUGAUUCCAAAGCAUGUGUUAUUGAGGAAAGUAGUACAACAGAGACUGAACCUACAGAAGUGGUUUCAGGAAAAGUAAAGAACUCCAUUCAGAGUUCAAGUGCACCAGAGUCGGAGUGUGAGAGGGUGUCAAGAAAACGCAAGAAGCACAGAUCAGCGAUAAAGGCAAAGCGCCAAAAAGUGGAGAAAUCUCAAGAUAUACAUUCUAAGUCUAGGCAUAAGAAAAAAUCUAAAUCCUCCAAAGAAAAAGACCCCAAAAUUGCAGUACCCCAGUUGUCCCCUAGCAGCCUGUCUGCUAAGAAUGUAAUCAGAAAGAAAGGGGAGGUAGUGGUGACGUGGACCAGGGAUGAAGAUCGGGACAUACUCAUUGAGCUUAAAAUGAAGGGCCCUUCACCCAAGACAUUUGCUGGUCUUUCAAAAAGGCUAAAGAAGUCAACAGAGCAGAUUGAGGAGCGAUUCUCUCAACUGAUGAAGUUGUUCAAGAAGAAAGAGAAAAUGGAGAAUUGACUGAACAACAAAAAGACUGAACUGACUUUACCAUGGAUGCCGAUCAUAUCAAAAUCUCCAUAGGCAGAAAUAUAAUGCGUUGACUUUGAAAAUCAAUGUAGUAUUUCUGUUUAUGUUCAUCUGUUUGAAAGAAAGCACUUAACAGUUUUAACUUACCAAGAGAUCUGCAGUAAAUGGUAUACGUAUUAGAGGCUUUUAUUUUUGGUAAUUCUGGAAAAAAAAAACACAUUCAGUGUUACCAGAUUACCAAAAUUCAUAAUCCAAGCAGACACCAACUAGGCUUCACUUAUAUUACCUACAGAUAUAUUUUCUGAAAUUGGCUUUAAUCCCUGUCAAGGAAAUAAAUGGACAAAACGACAAAAUAGAUAAACGUCGGUUCGUAGUAUUUUCAGCACAUAAAGUCCUGUGCGAUGCCAAGUUGGUGAUUGCAAAAGAGUACAGUUGCUCUGCUGACAGUUUAAAGAAAAGAUUUUAUGCAAUGAACAAAAAAAGUAUUUGGAGGACAUCACUAACUUGUAUUACAAGUUGACUUUUGCAGCAUUAGCAAUGCCUUUGAAACCUACCUCUGAAGAUUACAAAUGCUUUUUAAAUUUUUGACUUAAAUGCUUAUCUGCCAAUAGGCCUUGUGUUUUGAUCACUCCAUUUUCUUUUUGCGUGUAUGAAGUUGGUACUGGAAUAGCAUGGCUCUAAAUAUGGAGCUGGAAAGCCUUUUUGCCUGUUCAUUGAUUUUGGUCCUCAAUUGUCAGAAUUUGAGCUUAAAAUUUUUCCGGAUAGGUGCAACUUUAUAUUUUCAUAUUAAGAGUAACAUGUUUUUGUUGUUUUAUAGUUAGAGUAAGGGGAUUGUUUCCCUUGUGUAUAUAUUUGUAAAGUUUAAUUGAUCUGAAAGAUUUUUAUGUUUGAACUCUUUUAAGCCAUUUUAUUUUUCUUAAAGAGAGAACUAGAUAUUGGAAAAAUCCAUUGUGUGUUGUUUAAAAAUACAUUUUGUAAAUAUUUGUAAUUUCUGACAGACCUCUCAAACUUUUGAAAUAAAGCCUAUUUAUUUAAAUGUCA